AUGGCGCUGGAUGGUGUACCGGCAAAAAGCAUCGCCAUGGUCAAGGCCUACUAUCGUUCCACUACUGCGAGAGUCCUGGUCCGCAACAAUCUUUCCCAACCGUUCGGUAUUCGGUCUGGCGUCCGACAGGGUUGUAUCUUAUCACCCAUACUGUUCAACCACGCUAUUGACUGGAUCCUCGGGAGGGCCCUAGGCGAAAGUGACGGCGUUGAGUUUGCACCCGGACAUCGACUGACUGGUCUCGACUAUGCCGAUGAUAUCGCCUUACUUGCUUCAAGUUUUGGUGAUCUGCAGUCUAUGGUGUCACGAGUGAACGAGGUCGAUAAAUCAGUCGGUUUGUCCAUAAACGCUGGGAGGACCAAAGUAUUCUCAAGCUGCAUCCCUGACCAAGAGAAGGCACCCCUCGGGAUUGAUGGCUGUCAACUUGAAGAAGUAGACAGUUUUAAAUACCGUGGGGCGAGGCUGCUGCCUAAUGGACAGAGUAAGGACGACAUUGUCUCCCAAAUCGAUGCUGCCCGCUGGGUUUUCUCAAACCUACGGAAAUGCCUAUGGAACCGACUUGACCUCUCCAUCGCCACAAAGAUUCGCGUGUACCGUGCAUCUGUCCGGUCUGUCCUUCUCUACGGUUGUGAAUGCUGGGCUUUGCGCGUGGAGGACGAGCGAAAUCUGGAGGUAUUUGACCACCACUGCUUGAGGACCAUCCUUCGAGGGAAGUUCACCGACUUCGUCUCAAAUGAGACAGUCGACGCUCGUUGCGACAACAUCGCAAGGAUAACUCAGGCCAUCCAAGAAAGACGAAUGAAUUGGUUCGGGAAUGUUCUUCGUCGUCCACCUCAAGAGCUCAGUGUUACUGCCCUCGAUCCGGCACCGUUGCCCCAUCGGAGGCGUCGAGGAGGGGGUCAGUUCAAAACCUGGCUUGGCACAGUUCGUCAAGACAUGGAAGUGGUUCUUGGACGUUCGGUAUUCGGUCUCCGUCGUUGGCGAAGGGAAUGGGUUGAGCUGUCCAGAUCUGCUGCCGCGGGUCGUUACGCGUGGAGAGGUACAGCUCGAGACAUCAUCGAGGCCGACUAG